UGUCUCUCCCUCCUCUCUCCAUUUCUCUCUGUCCUAUCUAACAACGAUGACAGCAAUAACAACAACAGUAAUAACAACAACAACAAUAAAAAGACAACAAGGGCAACCAAAGGGAAAUAUAAAUAAAUAAGAGAUAAAUCAACUAAGGUUAGAAUCCAGGUGUAUACCUGCAUACCGUGUGAUCUGUUUCAUACAAUAAAACUAGUUUUCACAUACCCACUCUCCACAAAACCACAAACAAACAAAAAAACAAACUUAAAUCCCAGGGUGGAGUCUGAAAAAAAAAAAAAAAGAAUGUCAACCUAUCCACACCCAGGCCACACCCCCCAACAGUUUGGGCCACGCCCACCCACCAAAGUGGACACGCCCCCUCCUCUGUAUGGCUCCGUCGUGGCCACGCCCUUCCAGUGCCCUUCCUCCUCGACCGCCGGGGCCCCGCCCCUCCCCGCCGUCGCGUAAGUGACGUCACGACUCCUGACCAAUAGGCUGCGACGCCGGGAAUUUAAACCCAAACUGCGGGCGCCCACGGCCAAGGCGCGGGGCAGGGACGGCGAUGGCGGAGGAGGGAGCGGUGGCUGUGUGCGUGCGGGUGCGACCGCUCAACAGCAGAGAAGAAGCUCUGGGAGAAGACACCCAGGUUUACUGGAAAACUGACAAUAAUGUUAUUUAUCAAGCGGACGGGAGUAAAUCUUUCAACUUUGAUCGUGUCUUUAACAGCAGUGAAACAACUAAGCAUGUCUAUGAAGAAAUAGCAGUGCCCAUCAUAGACUCCGCCAUCCAAGGCUACAAUGGAACUAUAUUUGCCUACGGGCAGACCGCUUCAGGAAAGACGUACACGAUGAUGGGCUCAAAGGAUUAUUUGGGAGUAAUACCCAGGGCGAUUCACGACAUUUUCCAGAAAAUCAAGAAGUUUCCUGACAGGGAGUUUCUGUUACGUGUGUCUUACAUGGAGAUAUACAACGAUACCAUCACGGACCUGCUCUGUGACACUCUGAAGAUGAAGCCCUUGAUAAUCCGGGAAGACUUCAACAGGAACGUGUAUGUGUCUGAUCUCACGGAAGAGGUGGUUUACACAUCUGAAAUGGCUUUGAAAUGCAUCACAAAGGGAGAAAAGAACAGACAUUACGGUGCCACCAAAAUGAAUCAAAGAAGCAGCCGGUCACACACCAUAUUUAGGAUGAUUUUGGAAAGCAGAGAGAAAGGAGAGCCUUCUAAUUGUGAUGGAUCUGUCAAAGUGUCCCACUUGAACUUGGUUGAUCUCGCAGGCAGUGAGCGAGCUGCCCAGACUGGAGCGGAAGGUGUCCGGCUUAAAGAAGGCUGUAACAUCAACCGGAGCUUGUUCAUCUUGGGACAGGUGAUCAAGAAACUUAGCGAUGGACAAGCGGGCGGUUUCAUAAACUACCGAGACAGCAAGCUGACACGGAUCCUCCAGAACUCCUUAGGAGGAAACGCAAAGACGCGCAUCAUCUGCACCAUCACGCCUGUGUCUUACGAUGAAUCCCUCACCACGCUCCAGUUUGCCAGCACAGCCAAGCACAUGAAGAACACUCCCUACGUCAACGAGGUGUCCAGCGACGAAGCUCUCCUGAAGCGCUACAGGAAGGAAAUCAUGGACCUGAAGAAGCAGUUAGAGGAGGUUUCUUUAGAGACUCGGGCCCAGGCAAUGGAAAAAGACCAACUAGCCCAACUUUUGGAAGAGAAAGAUUUGCUUCAAAAAGUGCAGAAUGAGAAAAUCCAAAACUUAACACAGAUGCUGGUGACCUCCUCUUCUCUCACCUCACAGCAAGAGCUAAAGGCUAAAAAAAAGCGAAGAGUCACGUGGUGCGUUGGCAAAAUUAACAAAAUGAAGGACUCAAACUACAUGAGUGAAUUCAGCAUGCCGGCGAACGUGGCCACGAGGACUCACAGAGCCACCCUGUCUUCAGUGGGCGAGAUCGAUGAGUCUCUGUGCUCAGAGGCAGAUGUUUUCAGUAGCACUCUGGACUCCCUGGCUGAUGUCGAGUGGAACCCGGCAACGAAGCUGCUGAGCCAGGAAACUUUAGAAAGCGAGUUGAGCUCACUUCGCGCUAACUAUGAUAACCUGGUGUUAGACUAUGAGGAACUGCGGAGAGAGCGGGAAGAAAUGGAGUCGAAAUUGAAAGAAAAGAAAGACUUGGAUGAAUUUGAGGCUCUUGAAAAGAGAGUUGAAAAGGACCAAGAGAUGCAACUAAUUCAUGAAAUUUCCAACUUAAAGAAUUUAGUUAAACAUGCAGAAGUGUAUAACCAAGAUCUUGAGAACGAGCUCAGUUCUAAAAUAGAGCUGCUUAAGGAAAAGGAGGAGCAGAUCGAGAAGCUCAUGGCCUCUCAGAAGUCGGAAAGCAGGAAAGCAGAGCUCUCGGAAUCCUCGGAGCUCACCGAAAACCUGACCCACAUGAAGCAGUCGCUGUUUGAUGCUGAGGCCAUUGCCCUCGACUCCAAGAGAGAGUCGGCCUUUCUGAGAAGUGAAAAUCUGGAACUGAAAGAGAAAAUGAAAGAGCUCUCGAGCGCGUGCAGUCAGAUGGAGAAGGAUAUUCAGGCCUACCACAGGCAGUUGGAAGCAAAGAAGAAGAUGCAGGUAGACCUGGAGAGAGAGCUGCAGAGCUCCUACAGUGAGAUCACGAAGCUCAGCAGCCUGGUGGACGGCAGAGUCCCCAACGAUUUGCUCUCAAACUUGGAACUGGAGAGAAAGAUCACCGCUCUCCAGAAAGAGCUGCAUAAAGAAGCAAAUGAAAACGAAGCUUUGCGUAACGAAAUCCACGUGCUCUCCGAGCUGAAACCUUUACCCUCGGAAGUAGAAAGGCUGCAGAAAGAGAUACACGAUAAGUCUGAAGAGCUUAAGGUGGUGACAUCAGAGAAAGAGAAAUUGUCUUGUGAUGUGGCUGAGAGGGAGAGGAGGAUUCAGGGUCUCCUUGAAGAAAGGGAGAGAACACAGGGUGACCAGGCCGCUCCCCAGCCGGGUCCCACGGGCGCUGACCAGGAGGCCCAGGAUGUCGGGACUCAGCACACUGAGGCGGAGCAGAAGCACAGAGCGGCCCUCGAUGAGAACACAAGGAUGCGCCAGGCCGUCGAGAGCCUCUCCCGAGAACUGCAGAGCCGCAGCCUGAGUUUGGCCACUGCGGAGAGAGAGCUUUCUCGGAAGACCCAGGAGCUGGAGCAGAGGACUGCCGAGAGCCAGCAGAAGCUCAGCGAAUUGGAGCAGCUGAAGGAACAGCUGGGGAGCGGAGCCUCCCGUCUGCAGGCAGUGGAGAGGGAGAAGAACGAGGUGGCCGGCCGGCUCCAGGAGGCCCUGGGGGAAGUGAGAGCCUUGACCCAGGAGAAGGACACCCUGCAGCAACUCCAGGAGAGCCUGCAGACCGAGAGGGACCAGCUCCGAAGUGACAUUCAGGACAUGGUGGUCAUGAACAUAGACACCCAGGAACAGUUACGAAACGCUCUUGAAUCUCUGAAACAACAGCAACAGACAACCAACACGCUGAGCGUGAAGACGGCCACAGAAGCUUCCUCCGGGAGUUUGCACGUGGCCGGAAGCACAGGAGGUGCCGAGAGCGAGCGUCAGGAGCAGGAUGUCUGCCACAGUACACGGCAGAGCUUGGAGGGCAGAGCAGCCCCAGUGCUGGCCGUUGGUGUGGAGGGGAGCGGGCCGGCUGAUGAGCAGAGAAAGGUGCUUUCCCUGGUGCAGGAGAAGGCGGAGCUGCAGUGCCGGUUAGAGAGAGUCACCGCUGAGAAGGAACAGCUCCAGGCCGACCUGCAGGAGAGCAUUGAGAUGACCAUCGAAAACCAGGAGGAAUUACGAAUCCUUAGAGAGGAACUUAAAAAGCAACGGGGAAUGAGCCACAGCAGCCAGGAAGAAGAGCUUUCUAGGGGUUCUGAGAAACUCGCAGAGAUCAGGGGGGAACUCCAGGAAAAGAGCCAGCGACUCCAAGAAAGCCAGCAGCGGCUUCUCCGUGCGCAGGCGGAGGUGAGCGAGGUGCGGCAGGAGCUGGAGGAGAUGGAGAAUGUAAAGGGACAGCUGCAGAACCAGAUGCAGAAGCUGGAACAGGCAGAAAGGGAGAGGCUGGAGCUGGCUCAGAAGCUGCGUGAGGCCCACGAGAAACUGGAGGCUGUCACCAGAGAGAGAGAGGAGCUCAGAGGACACACACGAGCGGUCGGAGUCACGGCAAGUCAAGCCUUCUUUCUUCCUCGGCUGCUUUUGCUUAUCUCGUCCUGCUCCACCGUCGCGUUCCGGGACCUGGAUGCCUCCCACUUGGCUGUGGUGCAGUGCCGCCUUUCAUUUGUUCAGUGUCUCUGCUGCGCCAGUGGGAAGGCAGGCGGGUGUCGAGCGAGUCUGCUAGUGGUCAGGGUGACUGCAGCCGGCCGGGUGCAGGAAGAACGCCCGGGCCAGGCGCCCAGAGCUCUGUUGACUCUGACCCUGCACAAGGCCUGCAGGCUGAGAGCAGCAAGCGCGUCGCAGAAGCAGAGGCUGCAAGGUGAGGGCCGGGACUUGGACCCAUUGCUCAGGGGCCGAGAAGCUGAAGCGCGCACCGCCCACGCGCUCGUCAGAGGGCAGCAGGAGGCGCCGGGUGAGCUGAGGCAGCAGGCCGCCGAGUCGGCAGCUCCGGUGACGGUGACGGCCGCGCAGCAGCACCCAGAGAGGCCCGCCCUGGAGUCUCGAGGCGAGGUCCCGCCGGCUCGAGACGCACAGCAGCAGUCCCUGUCCACAAGAGGAGAGGGCAGUGAGAGGGAAACGCUGGGGUCUGUGGAGCAGUCACAGGAGCCGCUGGGAGCCGAGGAGGUGGCGCUCCCCGGGCCAGAAGGGGAGCAGCCUGCUUCGCCCGUGAGACGCCAGGCCGGCCAGGAUGAGAGGAAGCCCCCAGCCGAGGAGACGGGGCACCGCCGGCUACCAAAGGAGCUUCUGUCUGAAAGGGACCAGCCCCGGGAGGCCAUGAGGGAGCUCGAGGCGAAACACCGAGAAACCCAGCAGGAGCUAGAAGUGACCCUUUGCCGUGUGAAAGAACGGGAGGACGCCAUCAGCGAGCUGAGGACGGCACUCUCGGAGCGGGAGAGGGAGGUAUCCAGCCUGCAGAGGGAGCUGGGGACGGCCAGUGCUGAGUUACAGAGAAAGACCCAAGAGCUUCAUGAGAAGCAGGAGCAGCUGAUCGGUCUCCGAGGAGCCGGUGAGGCCCAGGAGAGAGUGAGCGAGCUGAAACAGCUCCGGGAGCGCCUCACGGCCGCCGAGUCCUCCCUACACAGCUCGCAGGCCGAGAGCCUGCGCCUGGCCCAGAGGAUCCAGGAGGGGCAGCAGGAGGUGGCCACUGCGAUGCGGGAGCGAGACGAGCUGCGCAGGGAGCGAGAAGGACUGCGGGGCAGCCUGAAGGAAGCCGUGGCGGAAAUACAGGAACACAGGCUUCUUCAGACGAAGGCCGCGGGUGAGGCUCAGGACAGAGUAAAUGAGCUCGAAUCCAUGAAGAGGCAACUUGAGGCCCAAAAGUCGGCUCUGAAGAGCACGGACACGGAGAAGGCAGAGCUGACUCAGAAACUCCAGGACGGCCUCGAGGAGAUGAGACGUGUGCUGAAGGAAGCAGAUGAGCUUCGGAGUACAGAAAAGGCUCUGCGCGCGGAGAAAGAGCAGCUCGAGCAGAGCCUCAAGGCGGCCGCCCUCAGAGAGCUGGAGAAGCAGGAGGAGCUAGCGGGCAGCCUCAAGCUCCUGAAGGGACACCAGGCCGCCCAGGAGGAGCUCCGAGCAGAUGUUUCGGAGAAGACGCACCUGGUGUCCAGCCUCCAGACAGACCUAGAACACACGAUCUCAGUCCUAGAAGCACAGACCCAAGAGCUCCAGGAGAGGGAACACCGCCUGCGGGAGGUGGAGAGCCAUCUCAAGGAGAACGUGCGAGAGGCGGCGCAGCUGAGGGAGCAGUUAAAGGCCAAGAGCUCGGCCCUGGAAAGCACAGCGGCGGAGAAGCUGCGCCUGACUCAGAAUCUGCAAGAAAGCCUCGGAGCCAUAGCCUGCCUCACCGAGGAGAGGGACGGCCUGAGACGCACGGAGGAGACGGCAGUGGCCGAGCGAGACCAGCUCAGGGCGCAGCUCCAGAGAGCGGAGGCCAUGGUCCAAGAACUUCAGGCCAGUCAGCAUCAAGAUGCCAGUGAGAGACAGAAGAACACGACUGAAAUAGAGCAGCUGAGGGAACAAGUCAAGGACCAAAGCGUAACUCUGAACAGAAUAGAAAUGGAGAACUUAAACUUUGCUCAGAAACUUCACCACAACAUUGAAGAACUGAAGUCUGUAACGAAGGAAAGAGACAACCUGAAGACAGUAGAAGAGGCCCUCAGCCUGGAGAGAGACCAGCUGAGGGACAGCCUCCGAGAAACCACUGCCAGAGAUCUGGAAACGCAGCAGCAACUGAAAAUGGCUCAUCAGCGCUUGAAAGAGCACCAAGAAACAAUUGAUAGACUCAGAGAAAGAGUUUCCGAAAAGACAAGUCAGAUGCCACACGUCCAGAAGGGUUUAAACAAGUCAACAGAGGAGUUAAGGGAAAAGGCGCAGCAGGACCACGGAGAGGCGGUGACGUGUGGGGAAGGGUUGCCCUGUGACGGAGCGAACCCUACAGUGAGCCUGAGAGAAAAGUGCCUCCGGAUAAAAGAGCUGCUGAAGCAGUACCCGGAGCUGUACCCUCAGCACGCCUGCUUGGGUGGGCUCUCCCUGGACGUGGAGGAGGAAGUGCAGGUGCAGAAGGAGCUCUCGGCGAGGAUAAAAGAGAAGCUCGCUCUCCACUGUGCGCAGGCCGGCUCCGUGCACAAGCUGCUCGCCAAGAACCUGAGCUGCUCCAUGGAGUUCCUGAGAGUCCUGGAGAAAGUGCAGUAUGUGCUGGACAACGUGACCACCAUCAAGGAGGAGCACCACGGCGCCCUCUGCAAGCUGGAGGCAGGCUGCGUGGGUGAGGUGGAGAGGCAGGCUGAGCUGCUGGAUGGAGGCCACGGAGGGGCGCCCGGCACUCAGGCCAGGGCCCUCACACUCGGCCAGAAGUUGGAUCAGCACAUCGAGGAAAUCGUCAGGGACUUUUCAGGAAGUGACUUCCCCAGCAUAAAGGCUGAGCUUGAAGCAGCCGUGAGCAACAGCAAAGACAUGACCCGGUUCCUGAGAGAGUGCCUGGCCACGCACGCAGACACAGAGAAGCUCACCGGCGGCCUCCAGCAAGCGAUCGACCGGAUGUACCGCGUGAACUACCUCUAUGGCAGCAGGAUGAUCGCAAUGAUGAACGAGUCCACGGCGUUUGAGGAGAGUCACUCUGCCCUUGCCAAGCAGUGGGAGCAGGAGCUGAAGUCACUGAAGGAGGAGAACCGGGAGCUGCUGAAGACCCGCCAGCCCCCCGGGGCCCUCCCUUACACCGCAGCAGCGAGAGAUGCCGGGCAGCCUCGUGCCGCCGUCGGAGCCACACAGCAGGCCGCGGAGGCAAUGCCAGGGCCGGGAGCCCAGCUGCACGGAGCUGGAGAGAGUGCCGCGCAGAAGGAGAGGCCAGGGCAGGCGCAGAAGGAGCUCGAGGCGGCGAGGGGCGUCAUCUCCAAGCUGCAGAGGAGGGUGGAGGAGCUGGACCAGCACCUCCUAAAAGCGAAGGAGAUGAACCAGGCACUGCAGGACAGAGUCUCCCUGGGAGCUCAGCCCUACAGAGAGCAGCUUGAGGACCUCAAAAUGCAGCUGGUGAAGACGGACCUGGACAAGAAGCAACGCGCCAAGGAGUUUGAGAAGGAGAUGGCAUCUGUGAAGGCGGCCGUGGACCACCAGAAGGAAGUGAUACGGGUGCUGAAGGAGGAGCUGAGGAGGAGCCAGAGCAGCCAGGACACCUCGAUGACCCUGUCAGAGCCCCCACAUAAGCCCUGGACCUGCGGCGGGGGCAGCGGUGUCGUGCAGAGCACCAAGGCCCUCAUCCUCAAGAGCGAGUACGCCCGGCUGGAGAAGGAGAACUCUCGGCUCAGGCGGCAGAACGAGCGGCUGCUGAGGCAGCAGGACGCACUGGCCGGCGGCACCCAGCACCCUGCCCCAGAGGUCACGUCUCCUCAGGAGCGCACCCUGAGACGGGUGGUCCGCAGAGAGAGACCGUCCUGUGAGAACACCCCCCCCGAGUCGCCCGGAGUCCCCGCCGCCACCAAGAAGAGGCCUCACGUGUCCUCACCGUGCCAGGAACGCGCUGCCCCGGCCCCCGGCCCCCUGGGGUCCCCCCGCGCCAAGUCCCUGCCCGCCCCACCCACUCGCUUCUUUGACAACUCGGGGCUGGGGCUGUGCCCAGAGCCCCAGGUCCUGGAGGACGAGAGCGAGCCCCCCGCCCCAGACGCCCAGCUGGCCAACGCGAGGGCAGCGCCCGAGUGCCGAGUGCAAUAGCCAGCCACCCGAGGACGUCCACAGGAAGCAGCGCCACCGCACCCCAGGACGACCGCGAAGGGGACACGGUGCCGCUGCCACAGCAGCCUCGGGACUCGCCCCCCCCUUCCCCGGGACCCCAGAGUGGGCAGCCAGCCACCCCUGCGUGUUGCCCGCAAGGAGGCUCCCCUAUUUAUUCUCGAAUGUUUUAAAGAAUAAAGGCUCCAGACUGA